AGGAGCAAAAACGGAAUUCCCGAUAUUUUUGUUUCAACCCAAACUCCCAAAGAUUUCAAUUUCUCGGAAAUUGUUCCUCAGUACCAAGCUGAGUAUCUCAGAAUCACCGUUACUUCUCCGUUCGACGAUCCUGUGAUCUCUCUCUCACAUUUUCACAAAGGAUCCAAAAGCCUUGGUCAAGACUCAUGUCAGCUCCUAAUGAGGAAAGCCCAUCAUCACAUUCCCAGCUUUCGUCUCAAUUUUUCUCAGAUCUUCUUGAUUCCAUUAUAGUUGAUGUGGCAUCGGAGUGUCACAGGGUAGCCAGGCUUGGGCUUGAUUCUAAUUUGGAAGAAGAAGAUGAAGAAUUGAAGUUGUCAGCUCAAGCAAGGGUUAGGGUAGCUGAUCCUAGUAACAAUAAUGAAGCAAACGGAAAGUACCUGGUUGACAUAUUCGGACAAACUCAUCCUCCUGUAGCAGAUGAAAUAUUUGAGUGCAUGAACUGUGGUCGUUCUAUCAUGGCUGGAAGGUUUGCUCCUCACUUAGAGAAGUGCAUGGGCAAGGGUAGGAAGGCUCGUCUGAAAGUGACAAGAAGCAGCACAGCCACGCAGAAGCGGUACUCACGAGGCAUUCCUGCUUCUAGAUAUUCCUCAUAUUCAAAUCACUCUAGCAAUAGCAUAAACCGGUCGGCAAAUGGAUCCUCUUCAUUUGCAGGUGAGGGGCACUCAAAUGGGACAUCUGAGCCAUGAGCUAGCGAUGCGCACCGACUUGGCAUGCAGGAUUUUUAGGCAGCCUGAACUUUGUUUUGCUGGGAGAUAGCAUCAGGAUGUAUUUUGAAAGGAAUAUUUUCUAACGUUUUGGAUCCUAAUAGAUAAAAUUGCCAUAUUUGUAGAUCACAGAACAAUACUACCUUGUCACUGAUUCAGCUAUAGUUUUGUUUACUCAUUACAAUGUAUAUUUGGUGGGCUACAAUGUAUAUUUUGUGGGCUCCAAAAAUGAAGCCUUUGUAUUUUUUUUUGGUAAAAGAAAAGUUAUUAAGCCCACAAUUAUAAUUUUCAUUA